AUGGAGACUUCGUACAGAGCUUUUAACCCUGUGACAAAGCUAAUUGUCGACAACGCUGCAAGUGGUUCGUUCAUUAACCUCUCUUUUUUGGAUGCUUUUGAUAUGCUGAAUAAAAUAACCAAGCAAAGUUGGCUUUGGCACACUAGGGAUUUUGUAGUGGCUAGCCCUACUGUUGCUGUUGGUAUUACUGCAGAGCAGCGUAUUGAUGCUGAGGAAAACUAUGUGAGUAAUCAGGGGGGAUUUUUGAGGAGUGGUUUGUAUAUUUCUCCUGGAAGUCAGGAUGCUACAACAACUAGUUCUGGUAAGAUGUCCAUAGAGGACAUAAUAAAAAAGCUGUUGAAAGGAGUGGAGGCAACCAACUCGGGGGUGACUAAUAUGAAAAAACCCGCUACUGAUGUCUCUUGUAUGGAGAUUAUCACUCAUAGUGGUAAGAUGUUAUCUGGCCCUUCUAUGGGCAAAGCUGUAGAGAAGGAGGUAAGUGUUGAUAAAUUGAAAGAAAGCAAUCCAGUGGAGUUUGAGAAGCUGGAUGGCUUUGUUGACAUAUCAGAGAAAGAAAAUAAUAAGAAAGAGAAAGUGAAUGUCUCUGCAGUGGAUAAGACCACCGAACAGAAGAACAACAUUACCAUCACAAAUGACAAGGGCAAACUCUCAAACGAGGAGAUCGAGAAGAUGGUUCAAGAAGCAGAGAAGUACAAAUCUGAGGAUGAGGAGCACAAGAAGUUUGGGGCAAAGAAUGCUUUGGAGAACUAUGCAUACAAUAUGAGGAACACAGUGACGGAUGAGAAGAUUGCGUCCAACCUGUCCGCUGAUGACAAGACGAAGAUUGAGGAUGCCAUUGAGCAAGCCAUCCAAUGGCUCGACGGUAACCAGCUUGCGGAGGCUGAUGAGUUCGAGGAAAAAAUGAAAGAGCUCGAAAGUCCUUGCAACCCAAUCAUUGCAAAAAUGUACCAGGGAGCAGGUGGUGAAAUGGGUGCUGGCAUGGAUGAUGGCGGUCCUGCUCCUAGCGGCAGCAGUGGUGCUGGUCCCAAGAUUGAGGAGGUGGACUAAGUUGGUUCCUCUUAAUAUUAUUUUGAUUCUUAGUUUUAAAGACCUAUAAUUUUUAUUUCAAAGAUUCUGCAUAGCAGUUGGUUUACGGCAGAAAUUUUUAUGACUAUCAUUUUCUUUUCUCG